AGACAAGCAUUUCGUGUUCAUUCCACAGUGUUUGUUGGUUUUUCUUUCCGGAGACGGCUUCCUGUCCCAGCAGUCUUUCGUUUGAACUCAAUUCUUGUGGAGCACAAUUUCGUCGCCGUUGUGCUGCGGGUUCCCCCGUGGUUUUUGCCCGUUUUUCUCUUUGAACAAAGAGCAAGAUUUCCCCUUUGAACUGCAGCGGAGUUCACGUCCCCCGUCGGCCGCAUUCAGUUCACUUCCAGACGACGCCCCCGACUCCAAGUCCUUGUCUCUCGGCUUUCAGUCGGCAUUUCAGUCGGCAUCGCCCGCCGCGCGUCGUCACCUGGUGUCUCUUUCCCGACCCGUCGACAAUUUCGCUAAAUCCUCCCGCUGUUUGCAAGGGUAUCGGUAACCUGCGCAAAUUCCUGAGCAACCCCCACGCCGGUUCGAGUUGGAAGUCGAUUUCUUCCAUAGCCUGUGCAAGAUGGUGCGCAAUCAGAGAUACCCCGCCUCUCCAGUGCAAGAAAUUUUCUUGCCGGAACCUGUCCCGUUUGUCCAAUUCGACCAAACUGCGCCUUCUCCCAACUCGCCUCCGGCUCCACUCCCUUCUCCCUCGCUCUCUCAGUGUGAAGAACAGAAAGAUCGUUACAGAGACAUCAGCAGCAUGUUUCACCGGGGGGUUGCAGGCGCCGAGCAAGUUCGGGAAGCGUACAACAGCAUGGCCAAGUGCUUCCGACGCGUGUCUGUCGCGGAAGUUCUUGAAAGCGACCCCGCGUUUCGCCAAGCUCGGAACUUCACCAUGGACCUGAAGCAAGCUGAAGACGACCAGCGGUACAAGCAGCUGCAGUAUGGGAGAGUGCCGAGCAUUCUAACGAAGUACCACUUGUAG